AUCGCCUUCACCUUGUUGUACACGCGGACUCGACGUCUAUACGAUUAUCGCAUCAUUUACACAGUGACAAAUAAAUAGUGGUCAUGUGGAUAUAUUGAUACAAGGCUAUCUUAUUGAAUUAUCAACUCGAUAUUUAUCCGGUCUGAGGAAAGCACAUUGUUCUUCAGCGAUGACUCCAAGACACUGUGUGGCUCAUAGAAAACGAUUAGGGCCUUUGGAGAUUCCCGGCAGGUGAUGUCAUCCAGCCCAUCUCCAUCCCCAGAUGACGAAGCUCUUGCCAGGACCCUGUACAUUGUUGGUCCAGGUUCAAUCAUCAUCAGUCUGUUCGUCAUCGGCGUCGUCACCAUAAAACUCAAGGCCAAGAAGAGGACAGAAGAACAGCGGACACACGCUCCACCUGUACGCAGUGUCGCCAUUAAUGUUGAUCUCGCCGACCCACCGCCAUGUUACGUUGAUGUCAUGAAAAACUUAGCCAUCUACAAAAAGCCAGUGACCAACCAGCCGCAAAGAGAUCCCUCCUUACCAACAUACGCCGAAGCAAUAACUGUUCUUGCCAACCAACACUCCCAGUGUCGACACGAUACUAGGGCCAUGGUGGAAAUAAUCUCCUCAACCAGUCUUCAACGUUCAACCGAUCAGGAACAGGAACAUAACACGUGACACGCAUUCUGGGCGGGAACACGCCCGAAUCUGAGACUGUUUUGAUUGUGAAGUGUCUUCCAAACCUCGUGAAAUCGUUGAGUGUUUUGAGGUGAGAUUGUUGUGGAGUCCGUGAUCUGAAGUGGAGUUUCUAGUAAUUGACUCUAAAAUACACGAAUCAUUUUGGACUUCGGGAGUUUAAUAUCCGCAAUCAAGAAGAUGGGACCCUUACGCCUGUCUGUUGAAGGGAAGCACGAGGUAAAGAUCAUGAGAUCUAUGAUAUUAUCUAUGAUACAUGAUCUAUGAUAAUAUGAAUCUUUUGGAGCAUCGAGAUUUUUGAACAUUUUGUAUUUAUUUGCAUUGCUUGAUUUUCU